GGUCUGACUUCAUUUCCGUUUGUUUUUGUCUGCAUCUCAGAUCGCCCAACGGUCGACCCAACACGGAGGGAAUCCCCGCGCUUACGGAGUACACCUGGAGACACCCCCGACCCCUCCGACGGAACCCCCGACCGAACCCCUCGGAACCCUUCACGGCACGGGCCCCACCCUUGCGCCGCUUGCUGCAUUUGGGCACUCGAAACGGCACAAUCACAACCAAACUAACAUUAGGUACCGCCGGGGCACCAGGGCACACGCAUUCUCCUGCAGCUCUGCAAGCGAACGAGAGACGAUCCGAGCGACAUCACUGUACAGCAUGCGAGAGUCCCAAAAUCAACCUCAAAACACCAUGUCAUGACCCUGCGGUGACGGACUGCUCAGCGGAAGGGAUAUUACGACGUUGCAAUCAUGAGCGACAUCCUGGACGAUGGCUUGCGGGAGCAGUUGGCCGCUGCCCUGCUCGGUUGGGGUGGUGGGGGAGACGGGACGCAGCGCAUGUCAAGAGACACGAUCGAUUCAGCUGGUGACGGUAGCGGACGGGCGACCCCGAAACCGAUUCCGGCCCCCAACCAUCGACAGGGCCAAAUCCGGGGGGUAGUGGUUGGUUUUACCGACGAGGAAGACAGAGCCAACGACGACAUCGACGCCGAUUCAGUGGUCGACUCAAGCGACGACUGCAACGGUUGGUCCGACGGCAACACAAACGCGCACACCCACACCCAACAAGCGAGACGCCCGGCAGAACAGCCAACAAACCUGGUUGGCCAGAAGGCACUGCCGCCGCUCCCCGUCGAGCCAGCUGUUACUUCACCACAGCCUGAAAUGUCGUGCCGGAUCUCGCGAUUUCCCUUCUCACACCCAUGCGAGAUGCCCGAGUUGAUGCCAGACCAGGAGGAUACGGAUACCUUUAACAUGGGGCCCAGCCCGUCCGUGUCUGGCCCGGUGACCCCAAGCGUCGCCCCGGACGUCUUCCGCCCGCUAACACAGCUCAUGUCUCCCGACCUCGAGCUCGGGCGCCAUCUCAACCCCGCUUCUGAGCCCGAAUCGCACGAUAAGAUGCGCAAAAUGUCGAUCAAGUCCAUCGAGACGGCCGGCUCGGAUGGACUGGGUAUUAUUCAUGAAGAGGACGCCAACACGGACGGCGUGUCUCUCCUGACGCCCACCGAGGUGUCAUAUGGCCAGAGCACCGCUGACGGCGGUGACAGGCAGCUGUUUCUUACAGUGGACGACGGCGGUCACUGCCGGAGCGUCAGCUCGUUAGGAAGCGGGAGUUCGGGUGAGUGGCGGCCUAGCCAUGGGAACGCUGCUGUGCGGAAAUCCAUCAACCUCUUUUCACGAAUGCGCACCGCGAGCCGUGCCGAGGACCCAUGCCUUGAGAAACGAUCCUUGACUCCCAUGCAACUUAUUACCCCGCCCCGGGGACAAAACUAUCUCGAAGGCGAGCUGCCGACACCAGACGGGACCACCCCUACUUCGCCUUUUCCCAACACACCCCGGACUGAGGCCAGCACAACCACCAAGUUUUUCCAGCGCAUGCCGUGGCUCGGAGACUCCCAGCCAAAGAAACCAGAGGCGGUCUUCGGUGUGGAUCUUAAGGAGAGCAUCCGCGUCGCGCCCAUGAAAAUUAGGAUAUCGCACAAGGGGAGGAGCACAUCGCACCGGACGUUCCCGAUCGCGGUACACAAAUGCUGUGAAUUUAUUCGCCGCGCAGGCGGCACCGACACCAACAUUUUCUCAUCGCCCGGAAACCUUUACAACGUCACCAACCUCCAGGCCAUCUUCAGCACACCUCCGACGUUCGGCGAGCAGUUCUAUUUCGAGGGGAGCGACUACACGGUUCACGACGCGGCGCGCCUCAUUUUGGUGUACCUGGAGGCGUUGCCGAAACCGCUCAUCUCCCCAUCGGUCGUCAAAUCCUGGAUCCUACUCGCGCGGCAAGAAGGUGCCAUCGAACCCCCGUGCCCGCGCAUCGAAACGGGCCUCGACUUCUGGACCGAGGCGCUCAACCGACUCCCGACGGCCAACCGCAACUUGACUAAGCACCUCCUAACGCUGUUCGCCGAGGUGUUGCUCGCGGCUGCGGGGGUAAUCAACGAGGCCGAUGCGAGGCACUUGGCGGCGUCGGUGUCGCGGGCCAUGUUCCACCACGACGCGGACGGCGCGAGUCUGGACAACAAGGGGAAAGACGCAAAAAGGAAGCCGGCGAGAAGAAACGUGCAGCCAACGCUAGCACUGGCGUUUUUGAUCAAAAAGCGCGGGGAGUAUGCCGUGUCGCUCAGCGAGGCGGCGAAGAGUGACGCGGCCAGGAGGGACUCCAAAAUGUUCUUACCAACCACGAAGGAGAUGAUGGAGUGGAAAGGGGUGAACCAGUAAGCCCGUGUUGGGAUGAUGGACGGAGCAAAUCGCGUUGAGAUACCCCUUUUCUUUGUCGAUGCUCUCUGCUCUUACCUGCGGUUGUUGGCGGAUCUUUCUUUUGCUCUCGGU